UGGUGGAUGGAAAUAAAUUUAGACAAUCCAAACGUAAAGCUACUCCAGCAGUGUCAAAGUGCAAAAAUUACUUGAAUUACUUUAAUAUGUCAAACCAACAGAAACUUCCAUCCACAAAAGGAUUACUAACGGUAUUCGAGAAUGCCAGUGCCAGUGUGAUGGCCUCGGCUUUACUUUCGUCCUCCAUGGAUACUCAGAAAAAUAGCGUCGAUGGUACCGACGGAUCAGUUAUAACACCGGGACAGGAAUCUGACGAUGAUAUUUCGGAUUUUUCCUCCAACGACAGUGACGGAAUGGAUGAUGAAUUACGGUAUUCAUUAGUCGAUGAAGAUAACACCGGACUAGCGCCCACAGGAAGAGCCAGCUCAUGCAGCCAAUUAAAUCCGCUCGCAACAUCUCCGAUAUUACCGGUAAUAAAUUUGGCUGGUACCAAACUAGGUAUCGGAGGUGGUUCAGUCGUACGCAAGAUGUUUACUAACACUCGUGAAAGAUGGCGUCAGCAAAACGUGUCGGGUGCUUUUGCUGAGCUGCGGAAGUUGGUGCCGACUCACCCUCCCGAUAAAAAGUUAUCAAAAAAUGAAAUUCUGCGAAUGGCUAUCAGGUAUAUUCGCCUAUUGACAAAUGUUCUUGAGUGGCAAAAAAAGCAAGAAGCUACAGAUAAAUCAGAAUUGCUAAAAUCGUCUCAAUCUAAUGGAUUUGGGAAAGUAACGCAUCAAUAUCACAGAGGAAACAAUGAAAACCAUUUCACCGGAAACUUUCGAAACAACGGAAAUAACUUGCUAAUGGUGGUUCCCAAAACAUUCAAUAAAAUCCAUCUUUCCCAGAAGUGCUCAAUGGAAUAUAUUAACGGUACAAUCACUAGUAGUUAUCGGGCAAUCAAAAGUGAAACAUCAGAGCCUUGUAGUGCGUCGAUCGAGAAGAAACAAACGUUUAACAAACUUUGUACGUCGGGUAAAAUUGGAAGAAAUGGUGUGAAGAACAGGAAAAAAUCCCUACCAUUAGGAGUCAUCGAAGAAGGACUAAAAUCUAUUUUGGGUUACAAUGAGAGAAUCACAGUUGAAAAUGAAAUUAAAAGGGAAAUUAAUUUAUGUCAUGGAAAGCAACAAGCAUUGGAAGGUGGAAUGAAAGAUGAUAAACAUGAACAUAGCUUUUCUAAUGAAAAAUCUGAAUCAGACCUAGAACAUUUCGAGAAAACUAAACCAAAAUUUUAAUUAUCAAUGAAAACGAAACAGUUUAGAUGAAGAUAAAAAAAAACUCUAAAGUUAAUGCGCUAUUGUGUCCACAUAACUCAUCAUUAUCGAGUUUUUCUGAUUAUUAAGAUGUAUGUGAUGUAAUGUAAUCGGAACUAACUGCUUCGGCCCUACUACGCAACAUCUAAACGAAAAUAGUAUUAAAAUUGAGCAAAUACUGUUGUUAUAGAGACGAAAUAAUUCACACGAAUGCACUAAUAUUCAUAUUAUCCUUUAAGCCAAUGUGUCGAAAAGAGACAGCAGGUCUCACUUUACCACUUUAACGGAUCUGAGAUGAAUAGGAAUACGGAGUCAAUCGUCUCUUCAGCUUCCGAAAGUGUGCGUACGAAUAACUUUUGACAUUCAUGAUAUUAGGCAAAGCAUCGCACGUGUUUAUAGUUCACACCCUCUCAUGAAACUCGAAAUCCUGCAAAACCCCGAUAAGACUCGCACUUAUUCAAGCGAUGCUUUAUACUAGGGGAAAGAGCAACAAUGUUGGUCGAGUAACGUCAAAUGAUACUUCUGUGGGAAAUUUCUUCCGGAGAGCGGAAGUCACCCACCUAAUUCCUCAAAUUAAAUUCAAAUGAUGCCUUUUGGCACGCGGCUUGCCAAACUUCAUUGCGUACCUCAACACUCGCGCACGGUCGCGUGCCUGAUUGGCGCUAAUAGGAUAAAGAUUAGUUUAUUUUUAUUGAAUUUGGUAGAUGAUACCAAGCGGUGAAAGAACCUGCUCUGAUUUGUUGUCUGAGUGAUAUUUUCAUCUCACCCUACCCUUCAGUAGCACGUGUGCAAAUCUAAAACCAAACCACGCGUUGAUACACAAAAAUGACAACACAUCAAAACCGAAAUAUAAAUAUCUAUGUGCAAUCAUACAAUUUAAAACAAUGUGUUUGAUAUUAAAUGGAUGAAUAAAGUAACUCAAUAUAGGCCACGCCUUCAUGAA